AUGUGCGCCGACUGCCCAAAUCCAUGCAAGGACGGAGAAAGUUGCAGAAAGGUUUUCAACUCAGGCGAGAUGGAUAAUGAGCCACGUAUGAUGAAAGAAGAAGAAUCUGACUUUGACCACAGAGAUGUUGGUAUCUGUCAGAAAGGAUGCGGGCUUCUCUUGUCCCAUACAGACAUUGUCCAGGGAAACCAUUGCUGUUUGGAUGCGCUUCGUAUGCUGAAUGAUACGCUCCAGGAGAGGAGCGCUACCUUGGAGCAUGAAGGCCGAAUGCAGAGGCUCAGGUGGGGCAGGAGAGAGCAAUCCCUCCUCGCCCAGGUGUCAUUCAUCCAGAGCGAAGCACAGCUGACUGCUUUGAAGUACCAGCGAAAGUUACACCAAUACAUGUUGAAUAUCAACAACAUAGCCGAACAGGUUAUUGGAUAUUACAAGCAGGUGAGGAAUAUUAAACAGUUGCAAGUAUUGAUUUUGACAUAACAUAUUUCAUAAUGCCUAGGUAAGCUACUGUACUGUAUUUGAGAUGGGGACAUUUUAAGUGACAUAAAUACUUGAUUUUUCAUCCAUUAUCGAGCAAAAGUGUUAGCUACAUAUGUGGUGAUUAUUCAAAUAAGAAAUAGAAGGCAUUAAUUGAAAAGUAUACAGUUUUGACACCAAGCCGCCAUCACUUUUCCCUUAUGAUAAUGUAGCCUAUACAGAGUGACUCGGGAGCCCCUGGAGUCUGUGUGUCCCAGGUGUCUGAACAGGGUCCAGCUGAUGCUGUGUCCGAGCUCCAGGACCUGGAGGAGCAUGGCGGCGUACCAGAGGUAAACCACCACAACACCGUAACUCAGGUGAUUUUACAGCUGUACUGUGGCUUUACCUGCACAGCAUAUUACUCUUCUGUGAGGUUUAGGCUUUUUCAGAGCACAUCAUUGACUCCUUGUGACUGAGGGAAUUCCGUCAGUAGCGAUCAUCAGACCUAUUCUAUUCAGCCUACUGCCAAUACUUUGGCUUUCCCCCCAUCAGACAACCCUUUGUUCAAACAUUGACUUUACGGAUCCCAUCCACUGUGUAUGGAAUUGAGUGGUAGUGCUCUGAAGCUUAGGGAGAGUUUAUAGACGGUAAGCUCAGUUCACACCCUUUCCUCUACCGUUUUGUGUGGUAAAUGUCAUGCUGAGAGUGUUUUGAUGUCCUCUUUUAUCUCUUCAGGAAGUAGGCUAGUUACAUUUCAUAGAUGAUAAUAAAAUAAUGGCUUGGGGAAUUAUUAUGUCACAAUUUUCCAACCCAAAGCAGACCAAAAAUUAUGAAUGGAAACAAACACAAAAUGUGUUGGCUUAUGCUUCACGAGGAGCGAUGGGCCUGAGUAAGUACGUAUGGAAAUGUUACUUUGCUUCCAAUGAAUGGAUAAAUCAAAGUGUUUCACACUAACAGUAAGCUUGUCAUUUAAAAAGUGUCUGUGGGAAAUUCCAUAGCUUUUACUGUGACCCUGUGAUUCAAGCCCAGCCCUGGUCCUGACCUUUAACCUGUAACUUUUACACCGAUGUGAACAGAGUGACAGACAAACAGUACAUGACAAACUACUUCUCCUGCUGUGUUUUGUUCCAACUGCAAGUGAAACAUGGCCCCAAAAAAUUGUCUUUGAUGGGUCACAGAGGAUCAGGUGUAUAUCCUGGUCACGUCCAUACAGGUAAUUGUGGCUGUUUUCUGGGUGUUGGCUGUUUGAUGGGCCUGGGAAACUGGACAACCAGCCAGUCAACUAAACACCCGAUCAGAUUUCAUCCUAAAUCAUUACAAUGAUUGUUUGUUCAGAUAGAGAGGAAUGGGAGGGGAAGUUGUAAUCUUGUUUUCUUUGUUUAUGGGCUAAUAAAUGAAUGCCUGUUACUUUGCAUUUAGACUAAUUCCCUAAUGGAAUAUUCCCUUAUUCCAAUUUGCUAAAUUCCUCAAGUUGUUUUCAACCCUUAAACUAUGGCUGCACUUAUAAUUGUUUAAACUAACUGCUAUUGAGUGAGUGUGGUCUAGGUGUUUUGGCCCAUAUUAAACCACCUCUCUCUUGGCCCCUGCUGUUGCUAUCCUAACAAUAGACUUGCUAUCAGAGAGCACUCUGAGGUAGAUUCUGUGGCCGCGUCCCAAAUGGUUCCCUAUUCUCUACGUAGUGCACUACUUUUUUACCAGAGCCAAUAAAUCCUGGUCAAAAGCUGUGCGCUAGGGAAUAGGGUGCCUUUUGGGGACGCAGCAUGUGUUAUUUGGCUUUCUCUGGCCAGGGAGGCAGUGUUUUGUUUGGGGCCGAAGGGGAGAGGGGAGAGGGGAGAGUGUGGGUAGUUUUAAUUGUGGUAAUGGUCACAUAAAGUAUGUUUAAUGGCCUCUAGCAUGCUGUGAGAGUGCAGCUAGACUCACUUUUGAUUAAUAGAGGAAAUUGUUUACUCUGCGCUGGCAGUUUUGGAGAGACACACACACGCACACGCACACGCACGCACGCACGCAUGCACACGCACACACACACACACGCGCACACGCACGCACGCACACACACACGCACACACACACACACACACACACGCACACACACGCACACACACGCACACACACGCACACACAGAUAUUUCCAGACUUUUAUCAAGGCUAAACACCUCCAGUCUCGUUUAAAUAGUGUGUCUGUAAUUGCCCUAGUCUCUGCUGUUGUUUUCAUGAAUGUGUUUGCCAAUACCUGAGCUGCGUUGCUGCAAAGUCUAUCCUACACUUUGUAGAGAUCCCAAAGGAAGCCUUUGUCAAAGCAAAGGAAUUGAUUUUAGGUCUUACUCUGUAAUGAUGAGGAACUGUAGAGAUACAUACUAUCAUACUAUUUAAUUAUGUGACAGGAACUGGUAAACAUAUUCUCAAGCUGUUAGGAUUUACUGGUAAACCUGGUGGUGCUUUGUCUUUUAUCGGACACUCUUCAUAAUCUCCAUAAUUGUAGUGUUGGCUGGCUCAGUCAAAUUGGCUGUGAAGUUGUUGUUACACCUAACCAAUGGUUAGAGCUCACUUGAUUUGGAAUGUUUGCCAACUGCCACCAACUAACUGCCAGUUUGAAAUGAGCUAGAGACAGAUGUGCAGGGUUUCUGUGAUGGUAAAGUACCCUAAACACUUCUGGAGUGAGUCCUCAACCAACAGCACUAGUCCAUGAGGAAUAGAGUCUGUGCUGUGAGAGGGGGAUUUCAAGUAUAAGCCUGCCAAAGGCCUAUCUCCUCAUUGUCUCCCUGUGUGUGUGUGUGUGUGUGUGUGUGUGUGUGUGUGUGUGUGUGUGUGUGUGUGUGUGUGUGUGUGUGUGUGUGUGUGUGUGUGUGUGUGUGUGUGUGUGUGUGUGUGUGUGUGUGUGUGUGUGUGUGUGUGUGUGUGUGUGUGUGUGUGUGUGCGUGCGCGUGCGUGCAUGUGCCCGUAUUUGUGCGUGACAGAGUUAGUUUGUUGUGAGCAGUAAUACUGUAAGUUUAUAUACAAUGAGCCAGAUACUAUGAGUCAGAUGGUGUUGUUUCCAUGCGCUUUAGAACAGUCGAUUUAGAUGCUGCAGCUGAUAGUCUUCACACUGGCCUCGCCCAGAGCAUGAAGUCAAUGAGGACAGUGAGUUCAUGUCAGUUCUGUGUUAUUGAAGAGGAAUAACUGAAGCAAGAUGAGCAUGAUUUGAACAGGCUUAGUCACUCCUGCCUUACAAAGGAUCCGUAUCCCCUACUAGAGAAGCAGACUAAAACUGUCUGAGGUUAAACAUACUCUGUAGGACCAUGCCGUCAUUGUUAUUCAUAAGGAUAUGAGUCUGCCACUAGUAUGGCAUAGUUUGGAUAUGCUUCCUUGAAUAGUCCUCUUCCAAUAGCAUACUUUCAGUGUUCUGGUUAGGACACAUGUAAUACCAUUUUUAUAACGAUGUUAUAUUAAGUAUUUCAUGCAUCCAUCCACUUCAGUUUCAUUAGCUCAGAUUGUAUCCUAACUGCUCUUGUCAAGUGGCAAGGGCCCAUAGUUUAGUGUUGCUGAUACAAAUCAAAUCAAAUCAAAUUGUAUUUGUCACAUACACGUGUUUAGCAGAUGUUAUUGCGGGUGUAGCGAAAUGCUUGUGCUUCUAGCUCCGACAGUGCAGUAACAUCUAACAAGUCAUAUCUAACAAUGUCACAACAUAUACCCAAUACACACAAAUCAACAUUUUUUCAGCCUCCUGAGGUUGAAGAGGCUGUGUUGCACCUUCUUCACCACACUGUCUGCGUGGGUGGACCAUUUAAGUUUGUCAGUGAUUUGUGGUACAGUAAUGGUAUUCUGGAGAGGUGGUAUUGACUAAAACAAAGUACUAUCAGGCCUUUUCACCUGGCGGAGAGUGAUUCUACAGGAGUUGUAGCUGGUCUCAUUGAUACCGUAGCCUGGUGAAGGGAAGGCUGGGGAGGAGGUAGAGAGAGGAGAUGGAAAAGGUCAUUAUGUUUAGGCCCAGAACAGAAAGAUGACAGGAAUAGAUCUCUGUGACCAGAGAAAAAAUUGAUUUAUCACCUUUACUUUCUAGUCGGCUGAUAGGAUAAAAAAAUAUUAAGAUGAUUGCUGAUAAAAAAAUUGAUUUUCAAUAGGAUUUGUACCCCCUCAGUAAAAAAGAUGUUGUCGGCUGUGUUUGGGUAGAAAGAAUGUUAUGCUGUUGCUUUGCUGAGAGACAUUAUCAGAGAAUCAUCACCUCAAUGUGUUGUAACAGACAGACAGACAGACAGACAGACACUGGUGUCUCAGGGGUCACAUCCAUUGUGGAGGGAUGCUGCUACUGGAUGUCAAAGGCACAUACUUACCCAGCUAAACAAGACAGCUUAACUGUGUUCUCUGACAGCACUUACAUUCCCUGUGUCUACUUCCAACAGACCGAAGGUCGGCAUUUAGAUAACUCAGCAGGAGGGUGUUUUUGACAUUUUGUCCUUUCAAAAAUUGGUAGAUGAAGAAAACGUUAUACUUCAUAGAACGCCCUUGUCAACAAGUGCAUGGUUGCAUAGCGUUGUAAAUGUGGGGUACAUAGUGUUACUGAUGUAAGUUACAGAUGCUUGGGGUGUUUUCUGUACCUGCUAUACUCCGUUGCGAUGGUCGUCAGAAUGAGCAGGGUAACUGUUCACUCUAGCUCCUGCCCGUUGAAGGGACCGCCCCUCUAUGGUAUUUCCUACUUCCUGUAUUGUUUGACUAAUACGCACAACUGACUUCUAAUUGGGCAGCUAGCAGCUAAAACAAACUUCCUCCUGGCUUUAUUUAGAUAGUAGUGCGGUAGUGAAGGGUAAGAGAAGGCAGUAUAUUGAUACAUCAGGUGUGUUACACAGUCGUUGAAAAGAAGAUCCCGCACACUGGGCUUAUCAGUAUCACUAGUUGAUUUCAUCUUACGUAUCGGACUCACUGCCUUCGUCAGAGAACUCGUGAUUCUUCAGUACUCUCUGUCUUUUAAUGUGCUGCUCGUGAAGGGUUAACUCAAAUCUUAGAUUUAAAAAUUGAGCUAAAGAAUUCUCAGUAUUUCUUUCCUUGUCAGAUUGGCCAACCUUCUGUUGUUCUUAAGCUUUGAGGCGUGUGGCCUUCUCAUUAAAAGAGGCAGAGAUUGAGAUGGCAUCUGGACCACAGAGAGUGCUGCUAUGGAGCAGGACCACACCACCGAGGUCGUUCCCAUGUCAACGGAGCCUUGGCUGUUGUGUUUGGUGGUGUGUGUGUUGACUCUGCGUCUCUUUUUCCUCCUUGGCGGCGCGUUGUGUGUGUGUGUGUGUGUUGAGGGCUGUUUUUUUAGGCAGGGGGUGUGAAACAGGAAGCUGUUCCACUAAAUGCAACCUGGGUUGUACAGAGACAGGGUUUCUUUCUGCAUAGAAAAGUCUUGGGCCGGGUGUUUUUUCGGUCCGACUAUAUCCAAACAGUAAUUUAUUUUUAUUUUUAUAUACACUGAACAAAAAUAUAAAUGCAACAUCUUAAGUGUUGGUCCCAUGUCGCAUGAGCUGAAAUAAAAGAUCCCAGAAAUUUUACAUAUGCACAAAAAGCUUAUUUCUCACAAAUGUGUUUACAUCCCUGUUAGUGAGCAUUUCUUCUUUGCCAAAAUAAUCCAUCCACCUGACAGGUGUGGCAUAUCAAGAAGCUGAUUAAAGAGCAUGAUCAUUACACAGAUGCACCUUGUGCUGGGGACAAUAAAAGGCCACUCUAAAAUGUGCAGUUUUGUCACACAACACAAUGCCACAGAUGUCUCAAGUUUUGAGGGAGCAUGCAAUUGGCAUGCUGACUGCAGGAAUGUCCACCAGAGCUGUUGCCAGAUAGUUGAAUGUUAAUUUCUCUACCAUAAGCCACCUCCAAAAUCGUUUAUUGAAUUUGGCAGUACCUCCAACCGGCCUCACAACCGCAGACCACGUGUAUGGCGUUGUGUGGGUGAGCGGUUUGCUGAUGUCAACGUUGUGAACAGAGUGCCCCAUGGUGGCGGUGGGUUAUGGUAUGGGCAGGCAUAAGCUACGGACAACGAACACAAUUGCAUUUUAUAGAUGGAAAUUUGAAUGCACAGAGAUACCGUGACGAGAUCCUGAGGCCCAUUGUGAGGCCCAUUUAAAAAAAAUCUGUAUUCCCAGUCAUGUGAAAUCCAUAGAUUAGGGCCUAAUGAAUUUAUUUCAAUUGACUAAUUUCCUGAUAUGAACUGUAACUAUGAAAAUCUUUUAAAUUGUUGCAUGUUGCGUUUAUAUUUUUGUUCAGUAUAAGAUCAUCUUUGAGAACCAACAAUCACCAAAAUAAAAGCUAGACAGUUAGGGAGAAUCUAAAAUCCCCAAAAUUAUGCAUUCAGUAGUAUUUUUGUCAUGGCAUGGGGCCCCCAUUGAUUUUGUUAUAACGUUUGAGUCACUCAGAUAGCAUAAGCCAUGGUAAAAUGUGUAGAAUUGCAGGAAAUUAGCUUUGAAACUGCUACAUUUUGUCACUGCGGCUAAUAGGAGGGCCUCUAAAAUGUUAAAGUCGGUGACCGCACCAGUGGCCACGCCUAUAGCCAAGCCCCCUUCACGCCCACCAUCUAAGCCCCAUUUUGACCCAGAAAAAAUCCUGAGAGAGGGUUGCUGGGCUUUUGGCUUGAGCUUUUUGAAAGGCUCCUUUCAGCAGCUGGGGAGUUAUUGGUUAUUUUAGUUGGGGUGUAGCUCAUGACCUGAUCUUCAAUGAAUCACAUCAGUUGACCCCUAAGAACUACCCUUUAAAUCCACUUUGAUGUAAUACAAAGUUUGAUGCUUGUUUAUCAACAUUUCUAAGAUAUGUGUGUGUGUGUGUGUGUGUGUGUGUGUGUGUGUGUGUGUGUGUGUGUGUGUGUGUGUGUGUGUGUGUGUGUGUGUGUGUGUGUGUGUGUGUGUGUGUGUGUGAUAGUGAACCUCACCGCACAGCAAAUUCCCUCUGACCUCAGACCAGAAGAUUGGCCCGGCUUUCAGGUGCUCUGAGCUGAGGGAGUCCAUUGAGUCUCCCAUAGACUCUCCCCUGAACCUGGGUGGCAUAUAUAUAUCAGAUCAGAGCUCAACACCCAUGGCUGCAGCAUCCGGUAAAGAAGUCUAAUGUCAUAAUAACGCAGUUUAAAGCCAUUACAUACUGUGAGAAAUGAGCCCAAACUAACCAGGCAGUUGAUUAACAGAUUGAGUGACUGUAUUUUGAGGGACUUUGUUAUAGUGCCGGGAAGACCAAAAAAACUAACAAAAAAAACACAAGUAGCUGUGUCCGAUGAUAUGCUUUUACCCCUCUGUAAACUGAUGGCACUAAAGCGUCUACCUCAUAGUUGUUCUCUGGUGAGACCAAGUUCAACUCUCCGUAUGUCUAUGCUGAGUAAACGUCUUUGACGUGAUUCACAGACCAAAUAGCUGCUGUGGUUGACUGUGAAACCCCCCACCCCUCAAGUCUCACUGCUGCGGGGUCCGUUAGUCAUUGACCCAGUGGUUCUCUUACCGUCACAGAAACCUACACACUCUUACGGUAUCCCAGACAGAUGUGUGGCGUAAUGUCCAGCUGUUACAGGAAAGUCCUGAUUCAGUACACAAACACACAGCAUGCUGCUUAUCAUCAAGGCUCUCUCAGCAGUGUGAAAUUAAUGUGUAAUCAGGGCAAGAUGUGGCCAGGCUUGCCUGGUGGGGAGUGUUGCCAGUGGGACGAUUCUCUCCCGCAAGUGUCAGCAUCGUUGAAUGACAUUAAUUAGGCGAAAUACCAUCAAAAUAAAUAUGUCUUCUCUGUACAGUAUAUAAACAUUUACUUAAGCUCCAAUCAGCAGCACCUCCAGUCUCAGACAGUCUCUCUGUUCAGAAGGAGGAUGAAGUCCUAAUUAGGUGAGGGUAAAGGAAACCUUUAGAUGCAGAGAGACAGGGGGCACAGGAAAGUACAGCACAUCGGAAGGGGUUGAAGGGAGGGAUAAGCCAAGGUAGCAUGCCAUGUGCAGUGGGGGGUAAUAGCCCAUUAAGCUCUGCACAGUACUCCUGCCAUCGGAUCCAGGGGAAAGCCAUCGGAUCCAGGGGAAAGCCAUCGGAUCCAGGGGAAAGCCAUCGGAUCCAGGGGAAAGUCAUCGGAUCCAGGGGAAAGCCAUUCGGAUCCAGGGGAAAGCCAUCGGAUCCAGGGGAAAGCCAUCGGAUCCAGGGGAAAGCCAUCGGAUCCAGGGGAAAGCCAUCGGAUCCAGGGAAAAGCCAUUGGAUCCAGGGGAAAGCCAUCGGAUCCAGGGGAAAGCCAUCGGAUCCAGGGGAAAGCCAUCGGAUCCAGGGGAAAGCCAUCGGAUCCAGGGGAAAGCCAUCGGAUCCAGGGGAAAGCCAUCGGAUCCAGGGGAAAGCCAUCGGAUCCAGGGGAAAGCCAUCAGAUCCAGGGGAAAGCCAUCAGAUCCAGGGCAAUCCCUGCUUUGAAAACCGUCUUUACUUCUACUUCAUGUUGAAGGCUGGUUAACCCUCCUGAAAACUUCUUCCACACAUUGCUGAAUGAAAAGAGGUGAAAACAACAUCACACUUGGUUUUGAUAGGCUUUCAGUUACCCCGGCACAUCAGAGGAAAGACUUAGAGAGAAGCUAGCUAUCUUACUUCAUCCAAGUCUGAGUGAGAGGGUUUUGUCGGAACCUGUCGUAACCUCUUGUGAGGCACACAGGUUAGGUUCCUCUGUGUUUCCGUAGAAGUAAAAUAUACUCCUUCUUAACUGUCUGAUGAAGUGUUUCCUCAUCAGCUUCUUCAGUUUUCUCUCUACAGGAAGUUUCAUUCGACCCCUGUAAAGGAAGACAUGUAGCUUCAAACACAGUCAUCCCUCACAGCUUCACAGGCAUCUGCCUCGCCAUGUCUGCCCUCCAUUAACAGCAACUAAUGAAUACUAAUGAAUACUAAUGAAUAAGCAUAGGCCUAUUAUUUAUCCUUUCAAAGAAUCCUUCUAGUCCCACAAGUUGAGGAGAAAGAAGCGAGUUUGAACAAUAACAGUGGGGAAGUUUAUACGGGCGGUUUGACAGAUCUUCAUUCAUCAAUAGUGAAAUGUGUGUGUGUGCGCGCGCGCGUGUGUUUGUGUGUGUGUUUGCCUGUGUGUGUGUGUGGGGAGGAGGAUUCCUCAAUCACAACCCACCACUGGCAGCUCUGUAUUGUAUGGCCUUGUAGGAGGAAAUGAAUAGUGACAAGCUUUGUGUGUGUUCUUAUUUUAAUCGUAUUAAAGCCAUAUAGAGCUACCUGAUUUAAUCCCCCUUCUCUUUAGCUUGGCUGCUGUGGAAAAGGAACAGGAGCUGUGAUGGAUUCUCUGAGGGGAUGGGGGGUGAAAUGAUGAAUAUUCAUCACGUAGAAACAGUCAUAUUGUUUCAUAGAUAGGCCCUCUUGUCUUUUGAUCAUUAUUAUGCUAACACUCAGGUAAAGACAGGAGGAGGAAUACCUUUUACUGGUUAUCAACCAGUUCCAAGUAGCUGAUUAGGUUGUCUGAGAUUGGAAGUGACUGCAUUCAGCAAAACAUUUUAGUUGUCUUUUCAAAUUUAACCUGGGGGUCUCUUCUGGUAAAGUGUGCCCAUCAGCGGAAGUAUUAUGUUUGGUCCAUCAAGUGUGCAUUUGUGUGUGUGUGUGUGCCAACAUGCAUUUGUGUGUGUGUGUCUUUAUUUAGUUCGUUUUUCUGCUUGCAUGUCUGUGCUUGAGUGUGUUUUCUCUCUGGGCGGUACAUGUACGUCAGUGUUUCUCUGCUCCAUUUCUCCCUAAUUGACCUCUGCUGCUCAGGGUGGGACGCAGAUAGAUAUCUGCUUGUGUGUUUGUGCUGAGUCACCACAGUGAGGUCACAGCCCUAAAGUUGGUACCAGGACACCGCCAACAGACAACCAGGCCAAACUCUGAUAGGAUCAGAUUGGAUUAUAGCCAAUCAGAUCCAAAUCAUUUUACUGCACCAAUUCUGCCUCCAACGUUGAGAUCGUAUUGUUCAUUUUAUGUGUGUGUAAUGUGGUUCUUAUUAUAUGUCAUUUGUUUAGUAAAUGGUUAUACCCUGAACCAAGCCAUCCUGUAUGAGUCUGUUUUGAAUGAGGUAGGUAGUGUGACUACAGUCUUUCUCCAGCAGAUGUCAGAAUACACAUAUGUGCAGGGGAAAACCCCAGUCCUCACUGGAAGGUAUAGCUUGGGUUUUGUUACACUGGUGAGCGUAGAGAGGGAGACAGAUUGCAUUCUAGGAAUUUAAUUACUAUUAGGGGCUGGGAUUGUUCUGGGACUGUCUGCACGUCUGACAGCUGGUAACAUUCUUUCCAUUUAUAUGUAUAUGUUUAUUAGUGGUUUAGUACAAGUAACUAUGUUUGGCUACUCUAUGGCAGCACAUGGGUUGGUUAAGCCAUUGGUUGGUUAAGUUCCAAUUGACCAGCAGUAAUUAGUUUCCUCCGGGUUAGGCAUGAUGAAUCCCAGUGAUGAUUUGUCCGUGAUUCUCUUCCCUCAUCACUGUAAAUGGCUGCAGAGUACAGUUGUGCUGGUGAAUCAAUAACCCUAGACUAUCAGAGGUUGAACGCUCACAGAUUACUGAUGAGAGUGAUUUGCAGUGUGUGUGUGUGUGUCCAGCAAGCUUGUGAAUGUGUGUGUGCGCACGUACAUUUGCGUGUGUGAGGAAUGGGUGGUUUUGUUCUGAGAUAAUGUGUUGGCUUUCCUCCGAAAGUUUUCCUCUUAACAAAUUAAAGAAAUGACCUCCGCCGGCAGGAGAAAGGCCUAAAAUCAAUGUUUCUUACAGAUCUGUAGUUGAAGAAGAGGCUCCUGUUGCCUUGCGGAGCUUUAAAUCAAUCAAAUCAAAUAAAAUUGUAUUUGUCACAUGCGCCAAAUACAACCGUGAAAUGCUUCCUUACAAGCCCUUAACCAACAAUACAGUUUUAAGAAAAUAGUUAAGAAAAUAUUUACAAAAAAACUCAAGUAAAAAAAAAAAAAAAAAAAAAAAACACAAUAAAAUAACAAUAAUGAGGCUAUAUACAGGCGGUACCGGUACCGAGUCAAUGUGCGGGGGUACAGGUGGGUCGAGGUAAUUUGUACAUGUAAGUAGGGGUAAAGUGACUAUGCAUAGAUAAUAAACAGUAAGUAGCAGCAGUGUAAAAACAAAGGGGGGGGGGUCAAUGCAAAUAGUCCGGGUGGCCAUUUGAUUAAUUGUUCAGCAGUCUUAUGGCUUGGGGGUAGAAGCUGUUAAGGAACCUUUUGGACCUAGACUUGGCGCUCCGGUACCACUUGCCGUGCGGUAGCAGAGAGAACAGUCUAUGAGUUGGGUGACUGGGGUCUUUGACAAUUUUUUGGGCCUUCCUCUGACACCGCCUAGUAUAUAGGUCCUGGAUGGCAGGAAGCUUGGCCCCAGUGAUGUACUGGGCCAUAUGCACUACCCUCUGUAGCACCUUACGGUCGGAUGCCGAGCAGAUGCCAUACCAGGCGGUGAUGCAACUGGUCAGGAUGCUCUCGAUGGUGCAGCUGUAGAACUUUAUGAGGGUCUGGGGACCCAUGCCAAAUCUUUUCAGUCUCCUGAGGGGGAAAAGGCGUUGUAGUGCCCUCUUCACAACUUUCUUGGUGUGUUUGGACCAUGAUAAUUUGUUGGUGAUGUGGACAUCAAGGAACUUGAAACUCUCGACCCGCUCCACUAUAGCCCCGUUGAUGUAAAUGGGGGCGUGUUCAGCCCUCCUUUUCCUGGCUCUCUGUAAUUGGCUUAUAGAUGGAUGCACUCCGGAGUAAAAAAACAACAUUUCGUAAUUUUUUUGUCCAUUUAUAUUUCCCUUCUUUGAUUACUCCAUCUAUUACCAUGUUGUCUGCAGCACUACUUGUCCUUCAAAUGUAAUCCCCCUUAGACAAGUAGAGUGUGAGUUGGGAGAAUUGGUCCUCCAGUCUGGUUCACAUUCGCCAUCAUGCAGAGGGAACCUAUAAUGUGCUAUUCCCUUCAACUUGCUUCAGUUUACUUUAACAGUAUGUUUAGGAGGGAGUGUAAUUCAUCUUAUUAGCUAGACUGUUCAAGUAGUGUUUGAUUUCUCUCCUUCUCCCGCUCUCGCUCUCUCUCUCUCCUGCUCUGUUUCUCUCUCUCUCUCUCUCUCUCUCUCUCUCUCUCUCUCUCUCUCUCUCUCUCUCUUUCUCUCUCCCACUCUGUUUCUCUCUCUCUCUUUCUCUCUCCCGCUCUCUUUCUCUCUCUCCCGCUCUCUUUCUCUCUCUAACUCCUUUUCUCUCUCUUUCUAGUUUUAAUGCCCUUUAAUUGCCUAUCCUUCCUUCUGCCUCUCCUUCUUACUACCAUCAUCCUCAUCAUCAUUAUCAUCAUCAUGUAGCAUGUGGAAACACAGAGAAACACCAUAAAUCCCAACUGCACUGAUGUGUAUGUUUGCACUCUCCAUAAUUAAUGGGAGAAUAGGCAAUCUAAUGAUUAAUACAGGGCUCUCAGUGUGCCAUGUAGGCUACUGUAUGUGAAUGCCGACGUCGGUAAUAAAGCCCCUUUCUAGUGUGUGUGUGUGUGUGUGUGUGUGUAUGUGUGUGUGUGUGUGUGUGUGUGUGUGUGUGUGUGUGUGUGUGUGUGUGUGUGUGUUCUCUAUGUAUGUAGAUACCAAUGUGGAUAAUAAAGCCUCCUCUCUCUAUUGUUGUGUGAGGCCCACAAGGAGAACCAGAGAUCCCGGUGGAUUAGCCCUUGUGGCCAGGUGAUAAAUCAGCUGUCUCCGGCAGGGGGGGCUUGGUGCGUAUCCUGGCACUGUGCCAUAUGGCAGAGGGGCAGGGGGGCAGGGCACAUAGAGUGCACCCCUGAACACCGCCUACUCUCCUGGGUUCCUUUUUAAUCGCCACAAAUGGGCACAGAGAACAAGUGGCAGUAUUUCUCUCUCUGGCGGGUCGACGCUAUGCGAGCGCUUCCUGUUGUUUUUUAUGAUGCAGAGCUGUCAGGAUUUCCAACAUAAUUGGAAAUUCUAUAGGGAUUUUAUGAUUCUGUCUACUCUAUUGAAGAAUAGUAAGGCUGGGAAAUAUCCUCAUAUUGGUGUGUGUGUGUGUGUGUGUGUGUGUGUGUGUGUGUGUGUGUGUGUGUGUGUGUGUGUGUGUGUUUGUGCAUCUGUGAUAUCCUCAUAUGUAGCCUGCCACAGCCAUACAGGCCGGGUGGUUGAUAUAGCAGUGAGGGGGUCUAACUAUCAGAUAAUGUACCACCAGCCAGGCUGUUUACACCUGAUUAAUGUGCAGAGGGCCGAAGCCUGGGGCUAAGGUGUUCUCUGAGCCCAUCUUCACACACUCAGUUGGGGGAUAGUAGAGUGGAGACUCACCCCUGCCACUGAUGUGAUGGAUGCAUACUGUCAUAAAUUUCCAUACAUUCACCCCAGAGUCUAAUGGGUAGAGGUCUUGUUUGGCCUCGAGGAGUGGAGGAUAGGGUAUGUCUCUUGACCGUCGAUCAACUCAUGAUGAUUAAAGAUGUUGUUGUUUUUGAAUUGCUAGUUAUUUGUUGUUGUUGUUGUUGUUGUUGUUGCUUUAUAAAAGUUGAAUAAAUUAUAAUAUUUAUUGUUAUAAAUGGGUGAUAUCCUUUCCAUAAUGUGGUGCUGUUUAAUAACUUGCCUAUAGCUUUCAAUGUAUUAUCUGUAAUAAGUGUAGCAUUCUGAUGUACGGUUGGUGUUUAAUAUUCUAAUGGCAAGUUCAAGAGCCUGCUAGGUGGAACUGCUUCACAUGGAGGGAAACGUGCCCCACGUACUGAGAAUUACACACACACACACACACACACACACACACACACACACACACACACACACACACACACACACACACACACACACACACACACACACACGUCCACACACACUCACUUAAAGUGAGCAACAGUCUCGUUAUCUCUCAUUUCUGCUAGAGCCCCUCCUGUCGAUACGAAUGUUCUAGUGCCGUGGUAACGCGAGGAGAGAACAGACCAUACAUCCGCCGCCCAGCAACGAGAAGCGAAUAGUUUUUACCGUUCACGCUCUGAAUGCUCCUGAUGCCCUAUCGGAGGAGACAACGACCGGAAAUCAGCUCUGAUCUCUCCAUCCUACCAUCCUCAGCCCUGACUGUGUAGGAGGAGAGAGGAGAGGAUGCUUCUCUCAGAUUCCCUCACUGUUUGUCUUCUGUUUUCCCUCUCUUUGGUGAUGUUUCUCUCUGUUUUCUCUCUGUGAUCCUUCACCAAAACAUUUCUGCCGACCGCCGGCCCACUCUUCUCUCCCCCAUCCUCCUCUCCUCUCCCCCAUCCUCCUCUCCUCUCCCCAUCCUCCUCUCCUCUCCCCAUCCUCCUCUCCUCUCCCCAUCAUCCUCUCCUCCCCAUCCUCCUCUCCUCUCCCCCAUCCUCCUCUCCUCUCCCCCAUCCUCCUCUCCUCUCCCCAUCCUCCUCUCCUCUCCCCAUCCUCCUCUUCUCUCCCCCAUCCUCCUCUCCUCUCCCCCAGCCUCCUCUCCUCCCCAUCCUUCUCUCCUCUCCCCCAUCCUCCUCUCCUCUCCUCUCCCCAUCCUCCUCUCCUCCCAUCCUCCUCUCCUCUCCCCCAUCCUCCUCUCCUCCCCAUCUCUCUCCUCUCCCCUAUCCUCCUCCUCUCCCUCCUCUCCCCAUCCUCCUCUCCCUCUCCCCAUCCUCCUCUCCUCUCCCCAUCCUCCUCUCCUCUCCCUUCCUCCUCCUCUCCUCUCCCCCUCCCUCCUCUCCUCGCCCCUCCUCCUCCUCCUCCAUCCCCCAUCCUCCUCUCUUCUCCCCAUCCUCCUCUCCUCUCCCCAUCCUCCUCUCCUCUCCCCCAUCCUCCUCUCCUCUCCCCCAUCCUCCUCUUCUCUCCCCCAUCCUCCUCUCCUCUCCCCCCAUCCUCCUCUUCUCUCCAGCAGCAUGGGGCUCUUCUGGUUUUCAUGUUGUCACAGUGGAAGUCGUUCAAUAUUCAUAACAAUACAUAUGCAUGAGGCCUGAGACAAACACACACAUUGUCUGGAUGUGUUGUCACAGGAGACCCUCUGGUGUCACCAGAGGAACGACAGACUGACAGCCCAGCACUCUACAGGUACACGUCUGGCAGUGGAGGGGGGGACAGAGAGGGA